AUGGCGGAAAUCAAGAUCGACAGCAAGCUCUUCCAAGAGCGCAUCUCGCACUUUGCCAGUGCGUGGAAGGCUGACAAGCGAGCUGGCGAUGCCGUCUUCUCCGGCGCCUCGUCCAUCCUCAUCAUGAUGGGCAAGGUUGAAGAGACUCCCGAGCUGCACAAGAACAAUGCCAUGCACUUCUGGCUGCUCGGCUACGAAUUCCCUACGACUCUCAUGCUCUUUACCGUCGAUACACUUUACAUUGUGACCACACAGAAGAAGGCAAAAUACCUGGACCAGGUCAAGGGCGGCCGCUUUCCCGUCGAGGUUUUGGUUCGCGGCAAAGAUGCCGCUGAGAACGAGAAGAUCUUUGUCAAGAUCACCGACAUCAUCAAAGAAGCAGGAAACAAGGUUGGCGUCCUGACCAGAGACACCUCCCGAGGCCCUUUCGUCGACGAGUGGAAGAAGACUUUUAGUGAGAAGUGCAAGGAUGUGGAGCAGGUCGACAUCGCCUCCGCCCUGUCCAUUGCUGCCUUCGCCACCAAGGACGAGACCGAGCUGCGCGCUAUGCGAACCUCGUCCAAGGCCUGCGUUGCUCUGAUGCAUCCUUACUUCCUCGACGAGAUGUCCAACAUCCUCGACCAAGACAAGAAGGUCAAGCACAGCGCCCUGGCAGACAAGGUCGAGAAGAAGCUCGACGAUGACAAGUUCUGGAAGACGGUUGAGCUGCCUAACAAGCAGAAACUGCCCAGCGACUUUGAUGUCGAGCAGCUCGACUGGGUCCUGGGUCCGGUCGUUCAGUCUGGCGGAAAGUUUGACCUUAAGUGGCAAUCGGAGGUGAACAACGACAACCUGCACCCUGGCAUCAUCAUCUCGGCUCUAGGCCUGCGCUACAAGUCGUACUGUUCCGCGAUUGCGCGCACCUUCCUGGUCGACCCGAACAAGUCCCAGGAGAGCAACUACAAGCUGCUCUAUGCAGUUCACAACUUGAUCUUGAAGGAGAUCCGGGAUGGCGCCGUCAUCAAGGACGUCUACAACAGGGCCCUCAGCUAUGUCAAGAGCAAGAAGCCCGAGCUAGAGAAGCAUUUCCUCAAGAACAUUGGCUAUGGUGUCGGCCUGGAGAACCGCGAUCCCACCCUUGUCCUGAACGGCAAGAACUCGAGAGCUUUGAAGGAUGGUAUGACCCUCUGCAUCACGACUGGUUUCAGCGACAUCGAGAAUCCCACACCGCAGGACAAGAACAGCAAGCAUUACUCGCUCGUCAUCACCGACACUAUCCGGGUCACAACCGCUGAGCCUGUUGUCUUCACUGGCGAUGCCCCCAGCGAUGCCGACGCAAGCUCGUUCUUCUUCAAGGAUGACGAGGAGGCCCAGCCGACCCCGAAGAAAGAGAAGAAGGACUCGCGAGUCGGUGCGGUCGCAACUAAGAAUAUAACGAGUACCAGGCUGCGAUCGGAGCGCUCUACGCAGGUCGACGAGGAUGCCGAGAAGCGGAGACGUGAGCAUCAAAAGGAGCUGGCAACGAAGAAGCAGAAGGAGGGCCUUGCCAGGUUUGCCGAGUCCACCGGCGGCCAGGACGGCAAGGAGGUCAAGAAGUUCAAGCGCUUCGAGUCCUACAAGCGAGACAACCAGUUCCCUCUCAAGAUCCGCGACCUUGGCAUCGUUGUCGACGCCAAGAACAACACGGUGGUGCUCCCUGUCAUGGGACGCCCCGUGCCUUUCCACAUCAACACGAUCAAGAACGCGAGCAAGAGCGACGAGGGAGAGUGGUCCUACCUCCGAGUCAACCUUUUGUCGCCGGGCCAGGGUGUCGGUCGCAAGGAUGACCAGCCCUUUGAGGACGCUUCGGCGCACUUUGUCCGCAGUCUGACCUUCCGAUCCAUGGACGGCGAUCGGUAUGCCGACAUCGCCAACCAGAUCUCCAACAUGAAGAAGGACGCGAACAAGAAGGAGCAGGAGAAGAAGGAUAUGGAGGACGUUGUUGAGCAAGACAAGCUGAUCGAAAUAAGGAAUCGACGACCUGCGGUGCUGGAUAAUGUCUUCAUCCGCCCUGCCCUGGAAGGCAAGCGUGUUCCGGGCAAGAUCGAGAUCCACCAGAACGGUAUCCGCUACCAGUCUCCUCUGAGCACCCAGCAGAGGGUUGACGUGCUCUUCUCCAACGUCCGCCACCUCUUCUUCCAGCCCUGCCAGCACGAGCUCAUCGUCAUCAUCCACAUCCACCUCAAGGACCCCAUCCUGGUCGGCAACAAGAAGAAGACCAAGGAUGUGCAGUUCUACCGAGAGGCCACCGACAUCCAGUUUGACGAGACUGGCAACCGGAAGCGCAAGUACCGGUACGGCGACGAGGACGAGUUUGAGGCGGAGCAAGAGGAGCGACGCCGCCGUGCCGAGCUGGACCGUCUGUUCAAGGCAUUCGCCGAGAAGAUUGCCGAGGCGGGCCGCAACGAGAACAUCGAGGUCGACAUGCCGCUCCGUGAGCUGGGUUUCAAUGGAGUCCCGUUCCGGAGCAAUGUCUACAUCCAGCCUACAACCGAGUGUCUGAUUCAAGUCACCGAGCCGCCUUUCAUGGUGCUCACGCUCGAAGACAUCGAGGUGGCCCAUCUGGAACGCGUGCAGUUCGGUCUGAAGAACUUUGAUCUCGUAUUCGUCUUCAAGGACUUUACACGAGCGCCUUACCAUAUCAACACGAUUCCCGUCGAGUCCCUGGAGGAUGUCAAGGAGUUCCUCGACUCGUCCGACAUCGCCUUCACCGAAGGUCCGCUCAACCUCAACUGGCCCACCAUCAUGAAGACGGUCACGGCCGAUACUCACCAGUUCUUUGCCGAUGGCGGCUGGUCCUUCCUGCAGAACGAGUCGGACGACGAGGACCAGGAGGAGUCCGAGGAGGAGAGCGCCUUCGAGAUUGACGAGAGCGAGCUGGAGGAGGCGAGCGAGUCGAGCGAGGAAGACUCGGACUUUGACUCGAACGCAUCGGCUGAGGCUAGUGACGAGGAUGUUAGUGAGGAGGAAGAAGGCGAGGACUGGGACGAGCUGGAGCGCAAGGCCAAGAAGCGAGACCGCGAGGGAGGCCUCGAGGACGAGGACCGCAGCGGCAAGAAGAAGCAGCGACGGCGCUGA